AUGCAAUUCAAAGAAGAAUUGAUUAAUGUGAUUAUCAACUUGAUUGAAGAAAUGCUCGAAUGCAAACUCAAUUCCAUCAUGCAAGAAGUAUUCCAUCCCUUAUCUUAGGUUAAUGACAAACUGGCUCGCAUGCAUCAAGAUAUCGAAAACAUGUAGGAUGUUCUGGUCAAGCACUUCUCUCAUCAAGUGGCUCAUUCCAGAGCUGAGUCCUUGAGUGAAACGGUUGAUACUGCAGAAGAAGAUUAAUUCAAGAAAUCCAUCAAUGCAGAAUUGGAUAGUCUUGGUUUACGUGUGUAGCAAUUAGAAUACAUGAAUCACAUCAUUCUUGAUACUCAAAGUGCCAAUAAAGCCAAUUUUAAGGAACUAGAACGCAAAAUAUAACCAAUGCAAGAAUAAAUUAAUAAGUCAAUCGAAGAGAUGAAAAAGGACUUAAAGGACAAGCAGACCUUUUAAUGGACAGUAUUGAAUGACCAAAUUGAACGAGUAGAAAAGUAUGUCUAAAAACUCAAACAAGCAGAUCUCUUAUUCUAAUAAAAAUAAUAAUUGUAAACACAAACCAACAAGAAAUCCAAAUGA